GGUAAGGGUUGUUGGUGGCGGGGAGGAGGAGGCCGCGACAGAGGGAGAAACGGACGGGAUUGAUGUGCGCAUCUUGUUCUGCGCAGACUCCGCACGGCAGCGUAGAGGGAGAGACGGACCCGGGCGAGAGAGAGGAAAAAAAACGAAGAAGCGGGGGGGAGGCUGCAAUUCUGUUUGACAGCCUUAAAAAGAAAUCUCUGGAUUUUCGUCUGAAUGGUCGCUAAUAGCCCGCCGUGUCGAAGGCGACUGACUUCAGGAGAUGUUAUUACACACCACCUGGAGCAGGUGUGAAUUGAGCCUGGAUCUCUGUCCAGAGGUGAAAUGAGUAUUGUUUGUUGAAUGUCACCACGUCCCCAGUUUGAAUCCUGGAUUUGGCUUCUGCAAAGGUGUUUUGUGUUGGCGUAGGGCCACUGCGUGGCAGUACUCUUACUAAAUUAGGAGUUCGCAAGGAAUUCUAAUCUCCUGUGGAGGAGGCAGCAGCUGCUGUACAUAUCAAACUUGAUUUCACACAAUCAAAAUGGUGUUGUCACAGAGACAAAGAGAUGAACUAAAUCGAGCUAUAGCUGACUAUCUUCGGUCUAAUGGAUAUGAAGAGGCGUAUUCAGUUUUUAAAAAGGAGGCAGAGUUAGAUAUGAAUGAAGAAUUAGAUAAGAAAUAUGCUGGACUGCUGGAGAAGAAAUGGACCUCUGUGAUAAGAUUACAAAAGAAGGUUAUGGAAUUAGAAUCCAAACUUAAUGAGGCAAAAGAAGAGUUCACUUCUGCCGGCCCUCUGGGUCAAAAACGUGAUCCGAAAGAAUGGAUCCCUCGUCCUCCAGAGAGAUACUCUCUGAGUGGACAUAGAAGUCCAGUCACACGGGUUAUUUUCCAUCCAGUCUUCAGUGUUAUGGUAUCAGCCUCUGAAGAUGCCACAAUAAAGGUUUGGGACUAUGAGACUGGAGAUUUUGAGCGUACCCUGAAAGGUCACACAGACUCUGUACAAGAUAUCUCCUUUGAUCAGAAUGGCAAGCUGCUGGCAUCCUGCUCUGCUGAUAUGACCAUCAAGCUUUGGGAUUUCCAGAGUUUUGAAUGCAUUCGGACCAUGCAUGGCCAUGAUCAUAAUAUUUCAUCAGUAGCUAUCAUGCCUAAUGGAGAUCAUAUAGUGUCUGCUUCAAGGGAUAAAACCAUGAAAAUGUGGGAGGUGCAAACAGGUUAUUGUGUGAAGACUUUCACGGGACAUAGAGAAUGGGUGCGUAUGGUCCGACCCAACCAGGAUGGUACUCUGCUGGCCAGCUGUUCCAAUGAUCAGACUGUCCGUGUAUGGGUAGUAGCUACAAAAGAAUGCAAGGCUGAACUUCGAGAGCAUGAACAUGUUGUAGAAUGUAUUUCCUGGGCACCAGAGAGUUCCUACCCAACCAUUUUGGAAGCAACUGGAUCUGAGACUAAAAAGAGUGGCAAACCUGGACCUUUCCUGCUGUCAGGGUCCAGAGAUAAGACUAUUAAGAUGUGGGAUAUUAGCAUUGGAAUGUGCCUUAUGACACUGGUUGGCCAUGAUAACUGGGUACGUGGUACCCUCUUUCAUCCUGGAGGCAAGUUUAUUGUGAGCUGUGCUGAUGACAAAACCAUUAGAGUGUGGGACUACAAGAACAAACGGUGCAUGAAGACCCUGAAUGCACAUGAACACUUUGUUACCUCUCUUGAUUUCCACAAGACGGGUCCAUUUGUUGUCACUGGAAGCGUAGAUCAAACGGUAAAGGUCUGGGAGUGCCGCUGAUAGAAAUGAUCUUCGUUUUUUUUUCUCCUUCCCCUUUCACUUUCCUAAUAAUCCAAACCCACAUCACCACUCUUCUCCAUUCCCCCCGCCCAACCUCCCCCAAAACCCCGGAUGCACUCAGUUACCAUGGUUACCCAUCGAGCUCUGUUUAAUAACUAUUGUCCUUUCAUGUAAAUUAUUCUGGAUGUAGAUUGAGCUAUUAAAUGUUACACAAAAGUAUUCAUGCAUGGUGAAUCCGAAUUGUAUACUGUAAAUUACAUACGUUGUCUAGAAGUACCAUAGGUAAAAGAACAAGGGCUAGCAUUGGUCAUAUUAGACCUGGAAAGCAGAAGUUGAUUGGGUAAUUAGGGCACUAACUAUGACUGAAAUUAAAUCGACAGUUAUUGGAAAUGGUCUUUAUUUUCAUCAUCGUUGUAAUAUAAAGCACAAGCAGUGUGCAGAUUCUGUAAACCUUGAAUCACUUUGUGUGGUACUAGGGUUCAUUUGAGGAGUGUGUAGCUGUUGUCCGUAAAUUAUCUACCAAUCUGUUAGCUCAUAUAAAUGAUUAGAACCAAGAAUCCAGUGAAUGUGAUUCCAUUGGAUAAAUUCUUAAGAUAAUUGUUAGAUCUCCCACUUAGGCUGGGAUUAACAUUCAUAGAUAAUUAUAUUUAAAGCUGGCUCUCAGAAUAUGUAAUAAAUGAGACUAUUUAACUUUUUAAGCCUACAUGUCACUCUUUCCCCAACUUUGAAAUGCCGUAACAAUGAUUAAAUGCAGGGCGUACUGGUAACUGCAAGAAUACAUACUUCGCGCAUUCAAACCCUGCAAUGAUAACUGCUGGUGGUUAUAUUGUAACUGUACUGAGAAUCAAAAAGUACUGUCUGGGGUGUGUACCAUCCAAGAAUUAACCACAAAAAACACUUGGAAUAGUACAAUAUCUGAGCACUGCUAAGUCUGUUUUAGUGAACAUUGUUACUAGUUAGAUUUGGUUGGAUAGUACAUUAACCUUAAAACUGAAAAUUCAAAUGGAUACUUGGUUUACUUUAAGAGCAAAAUUGAUGUUGGUAAUGAUGAGCUUUGUAACAUCAUUUCCCAUAAUAGACGCAUUGUGUUCAUAUGUUUUAGAAAGAUAUUUUAGUGACAAUUAUUUGACCAUGAAAAAGCCACUAAAUAUGCAGCACUUUUAACUGAGAUACCCAGUCAUUUUAAACUGAAUAUAAUUUGUAGAUGUCUAGAAAAAUCUGCUCAAAGCUUUUGUAGCAACUAGUGCCAUUUAUUUUAAUAGUUCUUUUAUUUAAAACAUAUGAAAACCUUGUGCCUAAUCUGGUCAACACACCCUGCUUGAAGCAGGGGCCACUUAUUUGAUGAAGGAUGUACUUUACAACUUGAACUAUUAAAAAAAAACACAAUUUCCAGGACAGAAUAGUGUCGAUAUAUUUUGUUGAAGGCUAAUCUCAGCAUCUGUCAACUUAGUGCUUUAGAGUAAUGAAUAAUUAAAAAGUCCCUCUGCUUUCUUUUGUUGUAGUAACAUGUGCAAUUCUUAAAAAAUUGUCUUUAAUCCAGGAGUCCUAUUUUAUAGACUGUCCUUGAAAUUAUUUUGAAGACAUUUUUUAUUUGAAUUUUCUUGCACAUAGUCAAUAUCAACCCCCCAACCCCCCUUCCUUGGUACAUUUAUAAAAUGCCUUUGGUUGAAAAUUUUCCGCCUGGAAUAAAAAUAAUGUAUAGCUUAUGAAGGAACCAAUGUUGAAGGAGGAAUAAAGUGCAACUUAAAAUUUUACAUGAGCACUCAGAAUUGCAUCAAGUUCUGCUUUGUCGUGUCCAAUCAAUGCAAUUUCUUGUUCAUUCUAGAGAGUGUGCAGUAAUGUUUUGUGAAUUCUGUGGCCACCUGCCAUUGUAACUUAUGCAGCUCAAUAACAGUAACAGUAAAAGAGCCAGAUAAUUCAAGUGUGACAGAUCUGUAAACACAACAUGGAUUCUGGGAAGAACAAUAUGCUCAUUAGUGGGUAAUUCACAGUAGUUGCUGUAAAUUGCUUGCCGUGCAUCAAAUAAUAUUUUAAACUACAAGUAAUAAAUGCAGAAUAGUAAUUUA